CGGGGCGGCUGACCAGCGGCCGCUCCGGGGCUAUGAUGCGCCCGCUCCGGGCCCGCAUCCCCUCGUGUCCCCGGCAGCUCCAGCCCGCGGCUGAGACCCCCACCAGCGGUAUGGCCUCACAGCUGCAGGUGUUCUCCCCUCCGUCAGUAUCGAGUGCCUUCUGCAGUGCCAAGAAACUGAAAGUGGAGCCCUCUGGCUGGGAUGUUUCAGGACAGAGCAGUAGUGACAAGUAUUAUACCCGCAGCAAAACCCUCCCAGCUGCUCAAGGGCAAGCAAGCUCCUCUCGCCAGGUAGCGAAUUUCAGCAUCCCUGCUUACGAUCAGAACCUCCUUCUCCCUGCUCCUUCGGUUGAGCAUAUUGUGGUUACCGCUGCAGACAGUACAGGCAGCGGUGCAACAACGUCCUUCCAGAACAGCCAGACCUUCACACACAGGAGCAACGUUUCUUUACUGGAACCAUACCAGAAAUGUGGAUUGAAAAGGAAAAGUGAGGAGGUCGACAGCAACGGUAGCGUGCAGAUAAUUGAGGAACAUCCACCUCUCAUGCUGCAAAACAGACCUGCGGUGGGUGCUGCGGCCACUACCACCACUGUAACCACUAAAAGUAACAGCUCCAGUGGUGAAGGGGAUUACCAGCUGGUCCAGCAUGAGAUCCUAUGCUCCAUGACAAACAGCUACGAGGUCUUGGAGUUUCUGGGCCGAGGAACGUUUGGGCAGGUGGCAAAGUGCUGGAAACGCAGCACAAAGGAGAUUGUAGCUAUCAAAAUCCUGAAGAACCAUCCCUCCUAUGCUAGACAAGGCCAGAUAGAAGUGAGCAUCCUCUCUCGCUUGAGCAGCGAAAAUGCUGACGAGUAUAACUUCGUUCGCUCUUAUGAGUGCUUUCAGCACAAGAACCACACAUGCCUUGUGUUUGAGAUGCUAGAACAGAACUUGUAUGACUUCUUAAAACAAAACAAGUUCAGUCCACUGCCCCUAAAAUACAUCCGGCCAAUUCUGCAGCAGGUGGCCACUGCCUUGAUGAAGCUAAAGAGCCUGGGUCUGAUACAUGCUGAUUUGAAACCAGAAAAUAUCAUGUUGGUGGAUCCCAUCCGCCAGCCCUACAGAGUGAAGGUCAUAGACUUUGGCUCAGCCAGCCAUGUAUCUAAAGCUGUGUGCUCCACUUACUUGCAGUCGCGCUAUUACAGAGCUCCUGAAAUCAUCCUGGGUUUACCGUUCUGUGAAGCUAUUGACAUGUGGUCCCUGGGCUGUGUGAUAGCUGAGCUGUUCUUGGGUUGGCCUCUGUACCCAGGAGCUUCAGAAUAUGAUCAGAUUCGUUAUAUUUCACAAACCCAAGGCCUUCCAGCAGAGUAUCUUUUGAGUGCAGGAACGAAAACAAGCAGGUUUUUUAACAGAGAUCCAAACUUGGGAUACCCACUAUGGAGGCUAAAGACUCCAGAAGAACAUGAGUUGGAGACAGGAAUAAAAUCAAAAGAAGCUCGGAAAUAUAUAUUCAACUGUUUGGAUGACAUGGCGCAGGUGAAUAUGUCUACGGACUUGGAAGGGACAGACAUGUUGGCAGAGAAGGCUGACCGAAGGGAAUACAUUGAUUUGUUAAAGAAAAUGUUGACAAUUGAUGCAGAUAAGAGAAUUACUCCGCUGAAGACUUUAAACCAUUCAUUUGUUACAAUGACCCAUCUACUGGAUUUCCCACACAGCAACCAUGUGAAGUCCUGUUUUCAGAAUAUGGAGAUCUGCAAGCGAAGAGUUAAUAUGUAUGAUACAAUUAAUCAGAUAAAGAGCCCAUUCACAACACACGUAGCUCCUAAUACAAGCACAAAUCUAACAAUGAGCUUCAACAACCAGCUCAAUACAGUGCACAAUCAGGCCAGUGUCUUGGCUUCCAACUCUACUGCCGCUGCUACUCUUUCCCUGGCAAACUCGGAUGUUUCGCUGCUAAACUAUCAGUCUGCUCUGUACCCAUCAACUGCAGCGCCAGUUGCAGGCGUAGCGCAACAGAGUGUUUCCUUACAGCCCGGAACCACCCAGAUCUGCACACAGACCGAUCCAUUCCAGCAAACAUUCAUUGUUUGUCCCCCUGCUUUUCAAACCGGACUUCAGGCCACUGCAAAGCAUUCUGGGUUCCCAGUACGUAUGGAGAAUGCCGUUCCGAUUGUACCACAAGCACCAGCAGCACAGCCACUGCAGAUCCAGUCGGGAGUUCUCACACAGGGAAGCUGUACACCACUAAUGGUAGCAACUCUUCAUCCUCAAGUAGCCACCAUCACGCCGCAGUAUGCGGUGCCCUUUACUCUGAACUGCGCAGCCGGCCGGCCAGCGCUAGUAGAACAGACGGCUGCAGUACUGCAGGCCUGGCCUGGAGGGACCCAACAGAUCCUGCUACCUUCCACCUGGCAGCAGCUUCCAGGGGUCGCACUGCACAAUUCUGUUCAGCCCACCGCUGUGAUUCCAGAGACGAUUGGAAGCAACCAGCAGUUAGCUGACUGGAGGAAUGGACAUUCCCAUGGAAGCCAGUAUAGCACCAUCAUGCAGCAGCCCUCCUUACUGACCAACCACGUGGCUCUAGCUACUGCGCAGCCUCUGAAUGUUGGAGUUGCUCACGUUGUCAGGCAGCCUCAGAGCAGCGGCCUCGCAGCAAAGAAGAACAAACAGCCAGCACAGAGCACAGCCAAGCCCACUGCUGCACUGGAGGCCAUGCCUUCCCAGGUCUACUCAUUGAUUGGGAGCAGUCCCCUUCGUGCUGCCUCCUCCUCCAACGCUCUCAUUGCAGUGCAGGAGCAGCACCAGCCCAUCGUAAUCCCAGACACGCCUAGCCCACCCGUCAGCGUCAUCACCAUCCGCAGCGAUACCGACGAAGAGGAGGACAACAAAUACAAGCCCACAAGCUUGGGCAUGAAGCAGAGAUCCAAUGUCAUCAGCUACGUUACCGUGAAUGACUCCCCAGACUCAGACUCCUCCCUCAAUAGCCCCUACACCAGCGAUCCGCUCUCUGCUGUCAGGAGUGCUGGGGGGGUGCUGGAGCUGCCUGUCAGGGGAGCGGCCGACAGCUCCAGCUCCCGCACCAUCAUCGUCCCACCUCUGAAAACACAACUGACCGACUGCAUCGUCGCCACACAGGCUUCAGGCAUUCUGAGUAGCGUCAGCAAGACCAAACCAGUGGCAUCGGUGAGUGGGCAGUCAUCAGGAUGCUCUAUAACACCAACCGGGUACCGGCCACCGCGCAUGGUGACUGGUGGUGUGCAGCCACUCAACCUUAGCCAGAACCAGCCGACGCCAGUGUUGGCCUCACAGGAGAGAAGCGGAAAUCCAGCUCCACGCAGGCAGCAAGCGUACGUGGCUCCCCUUCCAUCAGCUAUUUCUCAGGCUCCCUACACGUUCCAGCAUGGCAGCCCAGCUCAUCCCCACCUGGCAGCAGCUACAGCGAGCACACAUCUUCCCAGCCAGCCCCACAUGUACACCUAUGCUCCCAGCACUGCUACAACCCUGGGCUCCACAAAUUCUCUCGCUCAUCUCUUCUCCCCUCAGGGCUCUUCCAGGCAUGCCACAUAUGCUGCCCACCCUAGCACUCUUGUCCACCAGGUACCAGUGAGUGUCGGGCCCAGCUUGCUGACUUCUGCAAAUGUCCCACCUGCCCAGUACCAACAUCAGUUUGCUACUCAGUCCUAUAUUGGUGCUUCCCGAGGAUCUGCUAUAUACGCUGGAUACCCGCUGAGCCCAACGAAGAUCAACCAGUACUCAUACUUGUAGUUCAGGGGCUGCCUUUGGUUGGUGGAGUUUGCAGUAAUUGUGACUAGCCCACUCUGGGGAGAGCUGGGUUCUGCUACAGGCCUGGAGAAUUCAAGGAGGUUUUCAGGUGAACCUUUACCUGGUGUUGACUGUACUCUCAUCAUCUCCUCUAAGUCUGGAUUUACCAUGUAUGACUAUGUCUCUGCUUGGGGAAUUCAGCCACUAACUUGGCAGCAUCCAUUGGUACCAGUACACGGGCCAUUGAUUAAGAUUUUAAACUUUUACUUAAUUUUUAUAGAUGCUUUUAAAAAGGUCACAGUCCAAUUUAUUUAAAGCUAUUCUGAUAUUAUGGUAAUCGGAGGAGAAAAGGAAAAUCAAUGUCUCAAGACAAAUGCUGAUUUUUUUUAACUCUUAUAAUUUAAACAGAUUAGCAUAUUAUAUUUUAGCAGCUUGCACAAAUCCGAAUUGCCACUAAAAAUAUAAUGCACAUUUAUCUCAGUAAGUUGCUAGACCAGAUUUCAAACUUCAGUUUAAUAUUUUCAAGUUUUUCUAUAAUUCAUUUUCCCACUAGAAGAUUACUGUUUCUGCAAAAGCAAUUACAUCUCUAUUUGUCACUGUCAACAUUUUCUGUUUACUUUCCUGCAUUGUUUAAGGGUAUGAUAGAGGCAGCUAUCUUGUACUAGCAACCUAAUAUUCAAAAGUCCAUUUAAACCAUGAAAUCUUCAUUUUAUUGUUUUGUAAAGUCUGAAUAUCCAUAACGCAGCUGGUUUUUUAUAAUUUUAGAAGCUAUUAAAUUAAGUUUUUCAUUUAUAUGCAAGAUCUAACUGUAUAACAUAACACGACGGCUUUGCCAAAACGCUGUAUUCCUCAGCUGAGAAUUGAUAGUGCUGCGUUGCUCUUUUGAGUUUGGUUUCUUUGGAGUAUUAGACACUGGCCCUAUAAUGGAGCUGGAUUCCUCUCUCAGAAGCACAGGGCUUUUGUUUCUUUUCUUUUCUUUAUCUUUUUCCUUGCAUGAUUCAUUUAGGAGGGAGCUGAACAAUCUGAAAUACAGUGAAAUAAUGACAUGUACAGCUUUUUAUAUUCCGGUGAGCCUCUCCUCCUAGGUAUGCUAGCAGCCAGCUUUAAAGCGCUCUUAUUAAGACUUGCAUACAGUAAGUGCAUGUAGGAAUUGAGGGGAGGAGGAGGGAAGGAAAAAAAAAAUCCAGAUUUUAAAGUUUAUUACUGAAUUUAAAACUAUUUUAGAAGUUUUGUAAUGGUGGUGUUUUAAUAUUUUACAUGAAAUGAAAUAUGUACAUAUUGAUUAGAGAAAAAAUAUAACAAGCAAAACUUCCUGCUAACCCCAAAUGUUCUGUCUUUGUAAUCAAAAUGUGUAGUGAUUAUACUUGAACUCUGUACCUAGUGUUUGUCUAAAUCUUAAACGUUCCUGGGGGUGAAAUUGAUGUAUCCUUUGUAUUUAAACCAAAAUGAUAGGUCAGAAUGUAUGUGAAUUAAUGCAAUCAUUAGAGCUCAUCACUGUAGCACUGAGAGAGAACGUAGAGCCUCAUGAGAGAAAAGGAUACCUUCUGAUUUGUUUUGCACAGGUAUGUGUGAUGAAGAAUUGUUUGAUGUGUCCCCUUAUUGUAGUGCCUUAAAUGAUGUAGUGUGAAUAGAGUUUACAGUGAGCUUGCCUUAUGAGGGACCAGCAAGCCCCCAUUGAAUUGAAGCAAUUCACUAAGCUUAUCAUAGCAAGAAUAGCAGGAUGUUGCAUAGAUGCAUUGUUCUCAAUUUUAAUGCUAACAUAAAAGGCUACAUUUUUGUUUGGAGUGAAGCAAUGUUUUCUUAAGCUUUCCUUGAAAUGGCACAUAUACUGUUAGAUGUCUGUCGGUGCAUUUCAAAUAGGGUAGUGCUGGGAAUGCAUUGGAAUAUUUAGUCUGAUAUUGCAGAAGUGAUUAAGUAUGUGCAAUCACUUUAUUAGAUUAGAGUGUGAUGUUACCGUCCCCUGUGUUACUAGCAGAUGUUUCUUGUAAAAUAUUGCUAGCUUGGUGACAGAAUGUUUAUACCAAAGAGAGCCUGCUAUAAAGCACAUAACAUAACAAUACCAUUAAAAAAAAUUAUAUUUCACCAGCUAAUGUGGAACUGUUGGGAAAGUUUAUUAGCUGUAGCACUAGUGUUAUGAGGAACACUCCAUUUGGGUAACCCGUGUGGUUUUGAAACUACACUUUGUUUCCUUGGCGUCUGUCGAACUAGGAAUUAUUUCGUGACCUUCAGUACAGAGAUAAGCAUCUUGGCCAAAUGGAUAAUGAACUGGCUUGAGCAGUGGUAUUGCUGCAGCAAUAAGAGGUUUUUGCAGUCUUGAACCCCCAGUUCCAUCCAUGUCAAAAACAGGCUAGUUCUAUGACUAGUGCAUGACAUGACAGUGUCCAGAGGGGCAGAAAUUCAGUUCUGAAGUUCCACAUUACUUGGAUAGGAAGGUCUAGGCUGAUCUGAAAUUGAUCAGCUAUAAGAGGUUUGGUGUCUCUUUCAUAGUAAAGACUUUGGAACUGGAUGGGAGCGAUUAGCAACGUCACUAACCAGAAGUCAUCAUCUAGUGUAUUUUCUGUCACAGCACUCCUCGAAAUGUGGGGAUAACUGAGCAAUCCCAACACUUCCCGUCACUAGUGGUGCCAAUGCUCUGUGUUGCUGUAACAUUAUCCAAAUGUUUCUCACUUAGUGCCAAGCACUUCCUUAUUUUGUCCGCGUUGUGGCUUGUGUUCAGUACUUCCCCUCGAGACAGAUACCUCUUGGAUACAGAGUUGUGCCUUUCCUUCACAAGGCAAACAAACGCCAACAUCUGCAUUACAUGAAAACUUUUCACCCAAUUUCACAAAGAGUUCAGUAAAGUGUUUCUUGGGAAGUUCUUAAAAAGAGAAUAAUAACCAAGGCCUCCAACAAAAUGAACUAAUCAAUGGAGACAAGCCUAUGUUUAAAAAGAAACUAAAAAAACCAGCACCUCUUAAAUAGUUUAAAAAAAAAAACUGCCAAAUUUAUCUACUAAGAACAUUCUCAUCUCUUCCACCGAUUCAAACAUCCCUCAGCACUGGAAAAAGGAGGAUGAGAUGAGACCUGCAUAAAUGAGAUGUCACAUACUAACACCUAGGGUACAUCUAGCUUAAACUGUGAUACACACCAUUGAAAAACCCCACAGGGCUAGACUCUCAUCUUAUCACUAGAUUUACGGUGGUGUAACAUCAACAUGUGGCCCACAGUGUGUGUUGCUCUGUCAAGUGUAUACUAAAGAUUCAAUUCCGAGGAGGUGCAGCCUUCCUCCCAGUGCACUCCAGCCCAUGCGGCCCCAGUGAAGCAUUAAUGACUGAGUGGCCUCACUGUCACAGCUGGUUUGCAUAGUGUGUAACCAGACAUGCUAUUUAUGAAUAUACAUUUGUCCUUUCUUUAACUAUGAGCAAUUAGCCGAAAUUUGGGAUUCACCUUUUGAAUUAUAGAUAACUCGUCUCAUCUAGAUUCAUUGUUGUGAUUCACAAACUGUUUAAUUAGUUGUUCCUGUUCGCUGACUUGCAUUCACAGCUGUGAUACCCUACUGCAGAAGCAACUUCAGAGCUUUUCUGCUUAGCACCUAGUUGACUGAUGCAGUAAUUUACCUCUGAUUCAGCAAUUUUGGUUUUGGUUUUUUUUAAGUACAUGGAACUAAAUUGCUUCUAAAUGACAGGAUUGGCACAGCCCUGCUUUUUCUUUAAUUUAUACUUAUGAAUGGUGCCGCAUGUCUACAUGGUUGUUUGUUCGUUGCUAAACUUUAUUAUAAUGUGUGAUUUCAGAUUCAGCUUGAAAUAUAUCUAUCUCACUACAUGUAGCAGUACAUUAUAUGUAAUGUUAGUAUUUCUGCUUGAAUCCUUGAUAUUGCAAUGGAAUUCCUACUUUAUUAAAUGUAUUUGAUAUGCUAGUUACUGUGUGAAAUUUAACUUUCUUUUAUGGUUGUGCUCUUCCUUUUUAAAGCCGCUAGAUACAGGUAGUUUCUGACAUUUACUGAUCUAUGUUUGUAUUGCCGAUGUACUUAGGGGGUAUGUAAAAAUCAUUUUAACAAAAGAAAUAUAGAUAUUUAAAAAUUUAAUACUAACUAUAUGGGGAAAGGGUCCAUUGUGAAAACACAGUUUAUCUUUGGAUUCAGUGUUUGUCUUUGGUUUUACAAAGUAGCUUGUAUUUUAAGUAUUUUCUACAUAAUAUGGUAAAAAUGUAGAACAAUUGCAAUGCAUCAAUAAAAGGGUUAAUUUUCUGUUCUCUA